AUGGGCUCUGCUAACCAGGCACCUCCUAGUGUACAUGAUGCAGUGGAUUCACCCUCACCGCAGGGGCCCGACGUGGGAGUGGAGCGGCGAACUGCCGCAGGUGGCGCAGACGAUCCUGCACCAACACGCGAUCCAGGGCGAUGUGACGGAGCUGCAGCUGGCCGCCGUGCACUGGACGUCCUACUGCCGGCAGGCGCUGUCUUCGCCACUGGACACUCGCAUCCUGCUGCGCCUGCUGCAGGACCUGGACGCGCGCUGGCCACACGAGACGCUGUCCCGCGAGGAGAUUUCACUGGUCACUCUCGCAUAUGCGGCAUUUGUACCAACAAGCUUCCUAUUUCUGCUGGGACUUCAGAUGAAGAACAGUUAAUGGACUGGAAACUGAUUAACAAGAAGACGGAUCUGUUCACGUAAGUCAGUCUCAUUUUGCAGAGAAGAUAUUAGAGCACUUCAACAUGAAUAAGUGCAAGGCUAUAUCUACCUCGGUUGCGAAUGACAGUGAUGCAGAAGAAAGUCAUCAUUACUCUGAAUUUCGGUUCAGACUAGCUGUCGGAACACUAAUGUUUCUGAUGUGUGGGACAGUUCCUGAUACUGCGUAUGCUGUCAGUGUGGUGUCUACAAAUCCGGACAAACCACAGGUCGUGAUUUAAGAGGAUUCUACAAUACCUGAGAGGUUCAACAAAUUGUGGGCUUGUUUAUAAAAAAGCUCAAAAAGGGGGAUUUUUGAAUGCUAUGGUGAUUCUGAUCCGAGUAGAGAUGUUGGCACAGGGCGCUCAAAAUCAGGUGUUCUUUGUCCUUAUUCUGAGGCACCCAUCUCCUGGAUUAGUCAAAGACAAUCUUCUGUUUCCAUAUUCACAACUGAAGCUGAGAUUGUAGCCACUAGCGAAGCUGCUUGAGGGAUAGUCCGGAUGAAGAAGCUUUUCACACAAUUGGAUCAGUUGAAAUCGACACCAAUUUUACAUAUUGAUAGCAAAGCUGCUAUCCAGCGAGCCUAGAAUCCUAAAUUUCAUCGACAAACGUAGCAUAUUCGUAUAAGACAUA